GCCCGUCAGUGUCCAGGACGGUGAGGUAGGGGACACACGCGCCGCUCCCGACACACUUCCCAGAUAUGGCGUCUGUUGGUUACUUGGACACUCAGGACGAGCCGCAGCAACCAGUGUUGCACUCUCAGGACUGGCUGAACUACUCGGCCGAGUGCGUGUACGGCUACACUCCCACCAUUCCUGAGUACAUUGAAGCUCUGGGGAUGUACAGGACAGCCAUACACACCGUCGGCUCCCUCAUCACCGCCGCGUUCUUCGUGUUCUACUGUGAACACAUCGUCUUCACCUACAAGAACACCAACACCGUCUACCGCAGACACAUCAACUGGAUCGCCUGCUUCUACCCGGUGGGGGCCCUCAUGACCACUCUGGCGCUGGUCGUCCCGAGGUCUCACGACCUCUGUAAUGCUGUCAAAAUUGUGUUCUUCUCACUCGGGGUCCGCCACUUCGUCGACCUGACCGUCCUCAUGUUUGGCUGUGAGAAGGGCAUGUUGGGCAAGCUGAAAGACUCCAGCUUUGACUUCCACGUUGGUCUGCUGAGGUGUUGUCCUUGUAUUCCGUCCCCAACCAUCACCAAGACUCGUCUGAGGGUCUUGAAGUGGUUGUUGUGGCAGUUCCCUUACAGUCAGACCGUCUACUUCUUUCUGGAGAUCUUCUGGACCGCUGCUAAGAGCAACUCACAGGGUCUGAUCACGCUGAACUACGGGUACCUGUGCCUUGAUGCUAUAAACAUCAUCUCAUCUCUAAGUGCCAUCUACGCCUUCACAGUCAUGGGCCACCUCGUCAAGGACCAUCUCGGAGCCUUCAACUACAAGAGGAAGUACGGAACAAUGCUGGUGGUGCUGGUGCUGCUGAAGGUGCUUGAGGUGGCGGUCACCAUCCUGGGCAACUACAACUUCUUCCCCUGCUACCCGCCCUACAUCAACUCCAUGGUCUAUGCCAACACGGUGCUGAACCUGGUCCACCUGGGGCUGCUGACGUUCUUCGGCGGGCUGGAGUACUGGCAGUACCACACGGAGGAGUUCCUGCAGCCCAUCUCUGACAAGCACCACCAGCACUCCCACGAGCUCAUCAUUCACGGCCAGGCCUGCGUCUGCAUCAUCUCGGAGAUGACCGGGGUCAGCCGCCGACGGAGGAGCUCCCAGGUCCCCAUUGUCAUGGAGGAUAGCAAGCUCGGCCACAUCCAGGAAGGUGACGAUGAGGAUAUCUUGAAGGAUAGCGUCCAGGAAGCGGAGGAGGGUGAUGAUAGCGGGCAGAAGGUGGUGGUGGCUAAGGAGAAGGCAGUUGAGGGUAAUGGAGUAGGGGAGGAAGCGGAGGUGUCAGACCAAACCCGUUUCUGACAGUACGUGUUGUUUCGGGGUCAGAGGAUGGGCCACAUGGGCCAUGGCAGGUGGACCAAACUCUCGUCUGACAACACCACAUGAACGAUGAUUUCAAGAACCAGGCAACAUGGCCUGGAUAUCCAGCAAAUUACACCAGUAAUUAUAUAUAUAUAUAUAUAUAUAUAUAUAUAUAUAUAUAUAUAUAUAUAUAUAUAUAUAUAUAUAUAUAUAUAUAUAUAUAUAUAUAUAUAUAUAUAAGAUUGAAAUGCAAUAUCGCGCUAAUCAAUGAGAAUAAUAACCCACAAUUUUCAAAACACGAGGAAAUGUAGACUGCUUAUUUCAAUCCCAACUCGGUAUCCUCUUCAGCAGUGAGCGCUAAUGACCUGUAGGGGGCUUUUAUGACACUAGGUCAAAUGUCCUGGGGAGAGGUGUAAGCAUAGGGGGUAACAGGCUCCUUGGCUCCUUGAUCACUCACCACAUCUUGUAACCCCUGACCUGAGGAGAUACUAAAGUUGGGAUUAUUAAUAUCUCAUCAGUGCAAUGGUAACUACAUCUGGUGAGUGAUUAUGUAAUUCGGUUGUAUUGACUGGUGACAAAUUAGAGACGCUUUAGUGCUGAUGUGGCACAGAAACCCUAACCUAACCUUCCUAGGACUAAUGCACGCUAUCUGAGGCCUAAUGUAUUACCUAUUUGUGUUAUACUAGACCUAGGAUUAUUUAGGUUCGACUGUUAGGUUAAUUUUUCCGGACUCUGUGAAGUGAAUAGUACCAAAUUUUACCAUCUAAUUGUCCGCUACGUCAGUAUAUGCACGGUGGCCACGUUUAUACAGAGAGUACUGUAUAAACGGGAAGAUGGGCUGAUAUAUAGACAAUACUCACUAUUAUUCUCAUCACUGUAACCAUUUUCACUGUCCUCGCACCGCUGACAACCCUAUUUACAGUGAUCAUCACCUUCCCUACUCUUCACCACCUUCCUUACCUUUCACCACCUUCCCAAGAUAUUGACUAGACCAAGAAUCAGUUCACUUAAAGAUAUAAUCACUGGAACACUAACUCUGGACAGAAGAGCCUCCAAUAGCAACUGGUGGACCCAUUGUGCGAUAAACACCAUCAAUACAUUCCAAAUAUAACAAACACAGUCACUGAGAAGGGUGUCGAGGAAAUGCAUCCACACUUUGUUAUGCAGUCCCCUUGGGAAUCUCCGUCACCAGAAGAUUAUGGUUCUUGACGGAAAAACGAACCAGACAACUCCUCAUCUGCUACGUAAUAUUGCACAAAUGCAUAUGGAAGCAAACGUGGCAUCCGACAGCUUCACUUACUUCACAGAUGGAUCAGUAGACCAGUAGGGACAAGAAACCGGAGCUGCAGUUAAA